AUGGCCUCCAACAACCCCGACUCGAGCGCAAACCAGUCUGCGGUCUCAGAGGAUCCCAAGACCGACGUCAACGCGGCCGUGGAGGAGCUUCUGAACACAAUCUCCAACAAGUUCGCCGGCGUGUCGAGUGAGAUCUUUGCAAAGAUGGAUGAAAUGUCUCGUCGCCUGGACAACCUAGAAGCUGCUCUUCUAGCUAACAAGGAGAAGGAUGCUGGCCCGUCCAAGUCGUCAUGA